AUGCCACUACGCGGAUCAUUGGCGAAUGCAGCGGUCAAGGGAGGGGGGUCUACACGUAAACCGCAAGCAAUGAAAGACGACAACACGAAACCGCUCGUUCAAUACCGCCAACCAAAGCUUACAGCUUUCUUGUUCAACGGAGCACACAAGUCAUCGCACGAAGAAGGGGACGCAUCUUACCUUGAGUUACCUAACCGACGGCUGACGAGGACUACGCCAAAAGAGAUAAAGCAAGAACCCGUCGAACUCGCUACGAGUGCUACAGAGGCGGCAACAAUGUGCAUAGCAAGCGGAUCACGUCAGGACCACCGUGGAGAUACGGAAAUGCAUUCAACACGACGCGCCACUGCCGUCCAGCCAAGCGUCUCAAAAGCAUCGCAAAAGUGCUACAACUGCUCUGCAGCGAGGUAUUCUCAAUGCGAGGAUGCAGGAACAUUUACUGGCAAGUGUAAACGCUGUUUCAACAUAAACGUUACAUGUGAGAGGCCAGAACAACCAUGGGUCAGGGCGAACUUCACUGGGGAGAUGAUGGAAGCCAUCAACAAGGAGCUGUCCAACGUGAUUCCUGCCCAGAAGAGCAGCGCUCCCAGUCAGAGCCAGCUUGAGAUCCUCGUCCGCUUGUCUAAACAGUUUGGGAUGUCACCGAUUUCAAUUCGCUACAAGAUGGACUCUCUCGCAGGAUCCCAAUAUGCCAUAGAGGGACAGUCAGGAGUUGUGCCGAGCUUCUUCCCACCCCCAGAGCAGUGGCCCUACCUGGACCAGGACCAUUUGACAUGUGUUCAGCGGCUCCGCGAUGGGACCAUCGACGUGCAAGAGGCAAAAUCAAGACACAGAUUCGACGCCUUAGUAGUAGUUUGGAGAACCUCUACGCGGUGCCCAAAUGAGUACACCCGCGUGUACGACGGCCUUGAAUUUCCAGGCGGACGGGAGGGUCUAGAGAUGAAUGCGAGGCGCUGCGUCCAGCAUUUCUUCGACGACUACGGCCUCGAACAACUGCCGCCCGAGGACGUAUUUGUGUAUACCUUGGCCCGACUGUUAGAUCCAAUCUCAUCGUCUGGCCAGCGAGAUCGAGGGCAGGUAGCAUACCAAAGUCAUGCAAAGAGUUAA